UGGAAGCGAGCUGGGCUGUGGCGGCGCCGUCCGAGUUCGGGCGCGGCCCGGCGGCGAGCGUUCCGGCGGCGACGAACGGCCCGGCCGCCGCGCGGGGAGAACGCGGGUCCUGCGGUGCCGCGGGUCGGGCCGGGUGCCGUCGGGGCAGAGGGAGGCGGCGGGGCCUCCCGAGGGAGCUUGGAGCCGACGGCCCGGCAGGAGCGAUGGCAGCGCUGGGCAGGUCCUGUCAGGGCGUCCCCGCGGGUCCCGCGCUGGAGUUCCCGCAGGCCGCCGCCCCCGACCGCCUCGUCCCGCCCGGUGACGCCGCGGGCUGCGUGCAGAUGGUGGGGAACGGCGGCGACGGCCGCGGCUCCUCCGGCGUGUGUCCGCCCGGCGGCUUCGACAUCGCCUCGUUGGCCGCGCUCGGGAGUUACAACGAAGGCGUGGCCGUGCCGCCCGUGGGAUCCUUCACGCACCCGCAGCAGAGCCACAGCCGUGUCUCUGUUCGCUGUGGAAAGAAGCAUAAGCUAGAAGAAGAGUCAGAAGGUUGUCCCGUGAAGAAGAAGAGACUGACAGGAGCCAAAAACUGCCCUCAGAAUCCCAGCACUGAAGAGUGGAUUCUCUGUGCAGGUCAGCAGGCAGCUGGGGAGGUAGCAACAAGUCAGUAUGGUGGUAGCCAUCCUGAAACUGCCAUGUUAGAAAUUCCCUGUGAAGAAAUGGAGCAGACAAUGGGGGAGCAGCAGUGCGAGGUUGCUCGCAGGAAGCUUCAGGAAAUUGAGGACAGGAUAAUUGAUGAAGAUGAGGAAGUUCAUGCUGAUGGAAAUGUUAGCAAUCUGCCCACUCUUAUCCUGUCAGAUACCCUUAAGAAAGGGAUGAAGAGGGAUUUUGGUGAAGUCCUGACAAAGAAAAUAAUAGAGUCUAUGAGCCGUCCUUCUAUGGAGCUGGUGCUUUGGAAACCACUUCCUGAAUUUCUCACAGAUAAACUGAAGCCUGUUUCUGUUAAGAACUUCAGGCAGCAGGGUACUGAAGGGUGUCAAGCUAAGCAGUCAACACCAAGAGCUGCUUUUGACCCACAGACUGAAACAUUCCCUGAAUCACAACAGACUGCCAUGUCUCCAGAUCCAUAUGCCAGUUUGGGAACCUCUGGAUGUGCGGAAGAAGAAAUGGAGCUGUAGAUGCCAAAUUGUAGACUGAAAGUGGUGACCUUGUGAUGGUUUUUUUUGUUGCUGUUGUUGUUAUUUUGAUACCUUCUUUUCUUCUGGUUUGUGUGAAUCUGAAGUUUGGUUACGUUUUUUUGUUUUCCUAGUAGCAAUUGUAAGAACAUGGAUUGGCCAGACACAACUUUGGGCAACGUUCUAAAAAGAUAA